AUUAAAAGGCAUUGAUGGGUUCUUUUUUGCAAUUUGUGGCCAAAACUGAAUUCCGAGCCGUAAUUCUGGUUCAGGAAUGCAGCCCAGCAGCAUCUUUCCCCAACUCUUUACACACUACUGCGUCAGCACUAUCCAAUUGAAGUCGCUGCUGUCAAUUCUCAUAACUGGAGGUCUAAUUCGUCGCCGGCAUUUCGUCGAACACUUUCUAGGAUGUUGUUUUCAUUCGGGCUCCUCGGACUUGGCUCUCUCCACCUUCGCAGCUAGCAAGAUACGAAAUGUUUCCCUCCAGAAUCUGAUACUAAGAGGGCUUGGCCACUACGGUCUAUACGAAGACGUGCUGUCUGUAUAUAAAAAUUGCCGCGCUCUCCGCUGCCCGUCUGACGAUUUCACCUUCCCUGUUGUUAUCAAGUCAUGUACAAUUCUGGGUGCUUUCAGGAAAGGGGAACAGAUACAUGGCCUUGUAUUGAAAUCCGGGUAUGGCGAAAAUGUAGUCGUGGGAACCGCUUUGGUCGAUUUCUAUGCGAAAAGCGGGUUUCUUGGUCAUGCACGCUCACUGAUCGACGAAAUUCCUCAACCAGACUUGGUCUCUCUGAACGCUCUCCUCGCUGGCUAUUCUCUCCACGGGCUCGAUCACGAAGCUUUGGAGGUUUUCAAGCGCGUGUUCGUUCUCGGUUUAAAGCCUAACUCAAGCACUUUGGCGACUGUCAUUCCAGUCUGCAGUAGGUCAGGCCGUUUGGACUUUGGAAGGUCCCUCCAUGGCUAUGCUGUUAAGUCUGGUUCCUUCACCACAGAUGUUUUGGUCCCUGCAUUGAUUUCAAUGUAUGCCGGCGGUGGGCAUAGCCUUCAUUUGUUUGCUGCUAGAAUGCUGUUCAAUGAUUGUUACCCAAGAAAGAACGUUGCUGUCUGGAAUUCCAUGAUUUCAGCAUACGCUCAAAGCCAGAUGCUUUCAGAAGCCAUUGAAGUUUUCCAGGAGAUGCUCCAUGCCGACUUGGAACCCGAUGUAAUCACAUUUGUGUCCAUCAUCCCUUCGUGCGACCAUGUUAACGAUUUAUCCUCCUUCGGUGAAUCUCUCCAUGGCUUCGUCAUCAAACAUGGAUCAGAACUCAAGAUUCCAGUAACAACAGCACUUGUGUCAAUGUAUGCCAAGUUGGGUGAUUUAAGUAAAGCUGAGUUGCUGUUUAGUUCCAUGCCUUACAAAAGCCUCUUGUCAUGGAACGUAAUGGUCUCUGGUUUUGUUCUCUGCGGGCAAUGGUGUAAAAGUAGGGCUGCAUUUCGUGAAAUGCAAUUGGCUGGGUUUAUCCCAGAUGCAGCUUCUAUUGUCAGUGUUCUUUCUGCAUGUGAUGAAUUAAUGGAGGCAAAGUCUGCUCAUGGGUUCUGCAUAAGAAAGGGGAUUGAUUUGAGCAUCAACGUCUCAAACGCACUUCUUGGGUUCUACUCUGAAUGCGAUCACAUGGCUUAUUGUUUUAAUUUGUUUCAAAGAAUUGAAGAAGCUAGGGAUGUAAUAUCAUGGAAUACCAUGAUUUCUGCCAAAGUCCACAGAGGAGAAGUGGAAGAAGCGAUUUGUCUUCUUCGACAGAUGCAGAAGGAAGGAAUGACAAAGGAUAUGGCCACUCUAAUAAGCAUUGUUCCCAUUUGUGGGAACUUGUAUGAUGGGAAGGCCAUCCAUUGCUAUGCAAUCAAGAGUGGGGCUGACUCUGACGUCUCUUUGGUCAAUGCACUGAUAACAAUGUACUGCAAGUGUGAAGAAGGAGAGGAAAUGGAGUCUGGAAGAUGGCUUUUCGAAGCUAUGACGAGAAAGUCUAUGGUUUCCUGGAAUUCCCUGAUAUCUGGCUAUAUCAAUCACAAUCGAAUAAACGAGGUCUGGAUUCUCUUGGAUCGAAUGAUUGCAGAGAAUCAGUGGCCAAAUUCCGUGACUUUGCUAAAUUUGCUCCCCUUAUGCUGUUCCUUAUGGCAAAUCAAGUCCAUUCACGCUUAUGCUGUUAGGAGAGGUGUUCUUCCUUCACAAGAAAUCCCUCUCCUUCCAUCUCUAAUCUCUGCAUAUUCCAGAUUCGAACACAUCGAAUCCUGCAUUUCCCUAUUCAAUAGUCGGAGAUAUACCAAUGUAUCAUCAUGGAAUGCGAUUAUUUCUGCACAUAUCCAGACCCAGAACCCAGAGAAAGCAGUGGAAUUCUUCCACCACGGCUUCAUUGAGAUGGGUUUACAGCCAGAUCACGUCACGCUUCUGAGCUUGAUAUCAGCAGCUUCUCAACUCAACAGCUCGAAGAAUCUCAUCGAUUCGAUCACUGCCUACGUUCUCAUCAAGAAGGGGUUCGGCAGAGAUACAUCCAUCAACAACGCCCUCAUAGACUCCUACGCCAAAACUGGAAACAUCUCCACCGCUCGCAUGCUCUUCGACUCAUUCCAACAAAAGAACGCCGGAUCCUGGAACGUGAUGAUCAAUGGGUACGGCCUCCACGGAGACGGAGAAUCCGCUGUGGAGCUCUUCCUCGAAAUGAAAUCUUCAGGGUUGAAACCAGAUCACGCCACCUUCUCCACCACUCUGUCCGCUUGCAGCCACGCCGGUCUAGUUCGUCAGGGGUUGAUGGUGUUCGAAUCCAUGGCGGAAACCUGUCUGCAGCCGAGAAUCGAGCAGUACGGUUGUAUGGUCGAUUUGUUGGGAAGAACAGGGCACUUGAUGGAGGCUUAUGAAAUCGUGGAGAAAGUCUGUGAUCAUCCGCGGAAAAUCGACCUGCUCGAGUCGCUCCUGGGAGCCUGCAGAGUCUAUGGAGACGUGGAAGUCGCAGAGAGAGUUCAUCACACGAUGAUGAUGAUGUCGUCGGGGAGGGAACGUGCGAGUUCAGGAUCGUAUGUGGCGUUGUCCAACCUGUACGCCGGAGUAGGAAGGUGGGAAGAUGCCGGUGGAGCGAGAUCGAACUUGGACAUUCAAAAACUGAAGAAACCUGCUGGUUUCAGUGUACUCUAGCCAGCCACCGUCCACCUUUGGGUCCCGCUUAAUUUGACGGAGUCUAGGAAGAAAGGACUGUUAUCGCUACUGUAUGGUACGAAAACAACAGGAAAAAAAGGCAGCAAAAGUGCAGUGGACAGACAGACAGAUAGCAAGGAGCUUUCUGUGUAGUAACGUUUGCAGAAUUGGUGGCGCGUGCCUCUACUUGUAUUUGAUGGGCCGUGUGGUUCGAUGUCUGACACUCUACAAACAAGAGAGGGCCACAGUCUUCAGCGAACCAAUCAGCGGAUGACACCCACUCUCACUGUGUAAGUACACACAUAAAGGACGCCACGCGCC